AUGAAAGAGAAGAAAGAAAAGCCAGAUGCCAAAUCAAAGGGAGACGACAGCACGCGAGUAAGCAAGACACAGACCGCAACAGAAAGAAUGAGGUAUCGCGAAAUGGGGAACAACAAAAGCCAGAGAAAGAAAGCUAGCGUGGGGGAAGGAAGGAGAGAGAAAGAGGGAAGGGCUGGGGGGCCGAAAAGAGACAGAGAGGAUGGGACCAAGAGUGCGAGAAAGAGGGAAGCCGAAAGGGAACACGGAGGAAAAGAAAAAAAGACGGACCAAGGAGACGUAGGGGACCGAUGA